CUGUUUUUGCAUUGUCAUCUGCUUUGUGAGCAUGGACAGACAAAAUUGGGUUGAGGACGGCGAAAACGGAGGUAUGGGACGUUCUCGCCAUAGUUCCCAACAAUCGGCGCAGUAUCAAGGCUUGCACUCCGUUCCGCCAUCCACCCACUUGUCCAUGCUGAGUCAGGACGCUGACAAGUUCGGUGUCCCUCCUACCUUCCCCGCGGCUGUUGGGCAACUGCCGGCAUGGAGGAACGAUCCGCCCGGCCUCCGAGAUGUGCGACUGGGUCAUGUACCUUUCUACCAUGCUCGAGAUGACCAUGGGGGUGUGGCCGGCCGCGGCAGUUCGUUUGCCGCUAUGUACUCACAACCGGCUGCCGCUCACAUGCCCGUGCACGGGGGCAGCACGAUCGGUGCAGGCAGUUUCACAGCGGCGCUGUGCGGGGAGUACGAAGAUCCUUUCUCCGGUGGUCUCCCUAGACGGAUGUCAAUGGACGAUCUGUCAGGACCACAGCGGUGUUACGGGGUGACAUCCAACCAGCAGUGGAAUGGCGGUGUCUACAUCCAUGGACAAAAUGACUUAUCGAGACGUGGGGCACAAAGCAGGAGUGGGCAGGGGACAUUGCCACAGGGAGGAACGCCGGGGCAUGGCCAAUCAGAAGUGACGACGGUGGCGAACGUGGACAAUGGCAGUGGUGUGCGUCGCCCCGGCACAAGUGACAGCAGUGGACAAAGCGGUCGGGCAAGACAGCCGGCACGGGGAGGACGUGGCAGAGGAGGGUGCACUCCACCCUCCUCUGCAUGCGCUGCGGAGGCGAGUGGGAGUGAAAAGGACGUAGGGGGGCAGGAGACCAAUGACAACCCGACAACAGUUGACGAGGGAAUGCAUAAAGGAAAACCUCCUGCCAAAAAGAUAGUGCCUUGGACCCUGGAGAAGUGCUUGGCAUUGGCGAAAUGGCAACGUGAGGAUGACGCCAUGAUGGCAGAUGCGUCCGCCAGGCACAAGUGCAUGAAGAAGGGGCAGAGACAAGAGUGGGUGUCCGAGCGCAUGAAAGAGGAAGGGAUUAUAAGGUCCACUGAGGACUGCAGGAAAAAAUGGUUUAACCUGGGACAGAAGCUGAAACUGCUUGUGAAUAAGGUGGGGCGGUCAGGCCAUCAAUCGUAUUGGGAUAUGAUCGAAGAGGAGAGAGAGGCCGAAGGUCUUUAUGCCACAUUCGAUCGACGUCUUUGGCAGGCGAUGGAGUGGAUGUUGCAAAGACCGUCUGGGACGUGUGAUGAAGCGAUGAACUCAGACAGCAUGGGUGGAGGUGAAGCAGAAGGCACGKGGGGAGGUUCAGGYGWCCAAGYAGGGUCAGACAGAGGAGGGUCCGACACGUCGGGAAGUAGGUCGAAGCUCAGGCGAACCAGCGGCAGCAGACUCCAUGUUGGAGAUGACCCAUCGUCUGUGUCCUCUGUGGGAGCUGCCAUGGCUGAGUCCACACGUGUGUACGUGGAGGGUUUGGAUAGAGCYGCGGYGACGAUUGCUCAGGCGAACAAGGAGGGUGCGACCAUCGUCGCCAGGAGCAUUGGCGAAAUGGCGACGCAGAUAGGUGCAGUCGCAUCAGCCAUGGGUGAAGGAAACGCUGUGAUGCAGCUCCUUGUUGGUGUGGUGGGUGCUCGAAAUUCGGGCAGACCGCGGAGUACCCGGGGGGUGUAGGAGCACCGAUCCUUGAAAGUGGUGGGUAGUGAAGACGCUGGUAACAAACGGUACAGGGUACA